AUGUUACCAAAUUCCAUUGUUGCCGCUAUCAAGAAAGAUGAUCUUGACGCCUUACUCGAUUUUGAAGUUGAUUCAAGAUUCAAUAUUAACAAUUUUAUCGAAGCCUCUCCACUUGAACCGUUUAGAUUGCCAAGAGUUAAUACAUACAUGUCACUCGCAGCAAUAUUUGGAUCAAUCAAUUGCUUCAAAUUGUUCUAUCAAUCAGAUAUUCCAGUGACUGACAGAAUAAUGCACUCUGCAAUUGCAGGCGGCAAUUAUGAGAUUGUAAGAAUAUGCGCUAGAUCAGUUUGCGAUGGCUUUGAAGCGGCAAUUGAAUAUCGUCAAAACGAAAUUAUGGACUGGCUCCUUCAGAACAGUCUGUGCAAAAUUAGUUCGGCUGUUUGCAUGGAUUGGAACAAUCUUCUUGCAGCUCUUUAUCUUUCAGAUAAGACAGAAACAAAAUGA